AUGUUGAAUCGUCGGCGUAAUACUGAUCAGCGGCGCGGUCCCUCCUCUGCGGUUGCUCCAUCUCCCGGCUCCGGCGGCGCCACCGCCGUCCCGGCCGCCAUUCCAGGCUCGGCAUCAGACGGUACUAGCUCUGCCCUUGUCACUGUCGCCGCCGGGUCUAGCAGCCACGCGCACGAGCUUCACUCGUCCAGAGCUCUGGAUGAGGUAAUCAGCGAGCGCGUGGCUGCAUUCGCACCGUCAAACCUCCCGUCGCUGGUCAACGAUGAUACCAUGGAUGAAGCAAGUGGCGGGUUGGACACAUUGGGGGAUGUCACGCUGGUAAGGGCGACCACGCGCUACCGGGUGCGCAUCACGCACGCCGUUCUGCUCAUGUACCUCCACAUUGGCAACGACCCGCCCGGCUUUCCCCGUGUGGAGCCGUGUGCGAAGAUGGAGUGCUGGGUAGACCCGAUGGUGGCGCACGUCGCCACAAGCGCAUACCGCGGCAGCCGUGGCACUGGCGCCGUGGGUGGCAGCGAUAGCAUCGCCGAGGCUCUCGAGCGGCAGUACCGCACCGUUCUGCGUGACGAAGUAUGCGUCAUGCGGGUCGUGGAAGCAAGCCUGGAGGUCUCCAAGUUGGCGCUCGUGAAUAGCCGUCGCAUGGCCCGCGACGGCCGAAUCUUAGUUCACUACAACGGCCACGGCAUGCCACGCGCCACGGAUCUGGGGGAGGUGUGGGUGUUUGAUAAAGAGCGCACGCACUACGUCCCACUCAACAUCACUGAGAUUGCGGAGCUGGUUGAAGCACCGGCUAUCUACGUCUUCGACUGCAACUCCGCCGGCUCUCUGCUGCAGCGUUGGUGCAGAGACCAGCUUCAGGAGAAGCGACCGCAUGACUUGCUCAUUUGUGCCUGCGGCCCUGGGGAGACUCUCCCACUGAGCCCAGCCCUGCCGGCGGAUCUGCUGACGUCGUGCUUGACGACGCCGCUACGGAUGGCGCUGGAGUGGUAUAUUGGCUUCUCCUUUCACGCGGUGCUGCUGCCGCAUGUGACAGCGGACAUGAUUCGUAACAUUCCUGGUGACUACAACGACCGCAAGUCACCACGCGGUGAGCUUAACUGGAUUCUGAACGCUGUGACAGACACAAUCGCGUGGUGCACCUUGCCGCCAGCACAGUUCCACUACCUGUUCCGCCAAAGCACUGCCGUCAAGGGCAUCUUUCGCAACUGCAUCCUAGCGGACCGACUGCUGCGUGAGUCCGGCUGCACCCCGAUGACGUACCCAGCCCUCUCCCAGGAGGCACACCUACACCCCAUGUGGGAACUAUGGGAGUACGUGGUGGACAAGUGCGUGAGCCAGUUGCCGCGCUUGUUCGCCGCCACAGAUGGGGUCCCUACCGCAUAUGAGCCGUCGACAUUCUUCGAUGACCAGCUCACGGCCUUUGAGGUGUGGGUGGAGUCAGGUGAUAUGGCAGAAGUCCCAGAGCAGCUGCCGUGCGUGCUCCUCGCGCUUACCCAGGUGCAGUACCGCGUGCGGGCUUUCACGCUGCUAGCGAAGUACCUUGACUCGGGCCGCACAGCCGGCAAGCGUGCGAUCCUGUGCGGCAUACUGCCGUACAUGAGCAAGCUCGUCACACAGGCGCCAGAGGUGUUUCUCAUUGUGGCGGUCUUGUGGAUGCAGGUCGUUCGCGCCGACCCGGUGGAGGGAUGCAACGAGAUGCAGAAAUGCCAGUGCGAGAAGUACCUCAUCAGCCUGCUCAAGCUGGAGGAGGCCUCCACGUCGAUUGAGUACGUUGAGUACGGCCAGAUGGUGAACUACGUGCGGGGGGAGUCGCCGCAGCUGCCCAGCCCAAGUUUUUCGCCAACGAGCACCACCGCGGCACCACGGCAGAAGCGCCCCGACUCUCAGCCCCGCUUGCAGGCCUGGGCGAGCACCGCGAGCCUCGAUGGCGCAGCCGAGCAGCCACUGCAGCCGAUGCAGCCGAUGAGCUCCUUGCUUGCUGAGGCACCGCCGCGGUCUGCGCCGCCUGGCCAGGUCGCGGCGAAGCUGAAUAGCGUCGCGAGUCAUCUCGUUCAUCCAGGGCACACUGUGUACUUCCUGAUGAAAGACGUAAACCUUUCCCGGUGCAAGAGCAUGUCGUGCUACGUACUGUGCCAGUUUCUGCAGCGUGGCGAGCGGCAGUGCAUCCUGUCGUGGAACAACCGCCUCCUCAAUGCCGCCUUUCCGUGCUUGUCCUCGACGAACGCCGAGCUGCGGUCUUGGGCGUGCUUGGUGCUGUCGCGUCUUUUUCUCGGUCUGCGACACGCCAAAAAAUUCGCCUCGAAGGAGUGUGCCUCGCGCCUGGACCUGUUCACGCGGCUGCUGCAGGACCGCUCCCCGGUGGUGCGGAGUUCCUGCGUCACCCUUCUCGCCAGCAUCGUUGGCGUGCGGGUCGACUUUCUGCCGCACGAGCAGCAGGUGCGUCGUCUGCAUAUGGAGAAGUCCUUGUUGAUCAAGCUGCGCGAGUACGUCUUCGACGCGAGCAUGAACGUCCGCGAAGAGCUCAUCUUUUUCUGUUGUGAGGUGCUGCACGCCUACCGCAGCGUCCUGUCUCCCGCACACCGUGAGAAGAUCUCCGAGUACGUACUGGAGGUGGGCCAGCAGGGGAGCCAGUGGGCGCUGGAGGAGGCCGAGGUUGGUGUCAAGUCGCAACUCAACGUUGCCCGCCCCACCGUUAACGCGCUGUUCGACGACACAGUUGUAUUCGAGACGUCUUUUCUGACAGCGGAUGAUCCGCUGCCUCCGACGCGCGAACUCGAGGCGAGCAAGCUCUCGCCAGCCGCUCUGCAGAUCGUGGAGGGCUUGCUGCACGACGCAGCGCUGGUGCUAUGCAUGCUCUAUGCGAACUGCGACAGUGUGCUGGUGAACAAGGCGCUGCGCUGCCUCGCCACUGGCGUGCCACCGCAGUCCCAGCGCUUCGCCUCGGAGGCGCUGCGCACAAUGUCGCGCGUGACCUCUGCCGAGUCGGCUGAGUACUGGUCCGAGGCAGAUCGCACGCGCGCCACGUGGAACACCGACAUCAUGAGGCAGCUGGUGCUCGACAUGCGGGACCGUAAGCUGGAGCCGCAUCGCCGCUAUACAUCUGCCGGGAGCAGCCCUUUGUUCUCGCAGAACCCCAACUGGCACGUCACCACAAGCGGCAACGGCGCCGCCUCGGCGGCAUCCUUAUUGGCGUCCCGGAAGAACACCGAGGCGGAGCGGCACCUCGUGCUGCGCAGCGCGGUGCGUCCGGACGCGGUCGCGUGCACCGCCUUCCGCGCUCUCGAGGCGUCGAUGGUGGUUGCAACGAAGGACCAACGCAUCUGGUAUGUCUCGUACGACAACUAUGAUUCGCAACAGGAGCUGCACAGCUUUGCCGUGCAGUUGUCGGGGCCGUUGCAUGACGUGCAUAUAAUCAACGACCUUUCAGAGCAGUCAGGUCUACUGCUGGUCGACAAACGCGGUGGCUUCACACUGAUGAAGGGGUGCUGGGACCCGAACUCGGUGCCCACCGGGGCAGCCGUCUUCUCCGCCUGCCCGCCGCCGCCGGCGAACCGCUGGCUGGAUCUGAAGUCGACGUACCGAAGCAGUGCAGCGGUGCUCUUCUACGGCGGUCCCAUUGCGACAGACGGUGGCACGGCGAUUCACAUGAUGUCGCUCGCCGAGGAGCAAGUGGUGCAGCGACUGAGCGUGUCGGGGAAUCCUGUUCUGACGAGCCUCGAGACGCACACGACUCAGCGCGCGCUGCUGGCGGGCUUCUCAGACGGCGUUGUCCGCUACUACGACGACCGUCAGCGACAGGGUCAGAUGGGUGCGGUGGGUAUGGUGAGCUGUCGCGCUCCCGCUAUGGCAUUGACGGCACCUAUGGAGGCGGUAGUCGGUGCCGGGCCUGUGGCGACCAACACCGGCUUUGCCAUCGCUGCGGCUACUCGCAGCUGCUUCUUUAUCUUCGAUUCGCGCAAGCUGAGUGAACCGCAGCUGUGUGUGACCAACCAGGAUCUCUACUAUGGCCGCGGCGGACUGGAGCGGGCAUUGCUCGACAACGGCAGUAUUGACACCGAUGCCGCGGCCACCUCACUGUCGCUGUCGUUGCCCACCACUAGCACCAUCCACGCUCCCGGUCCCCCACCGGCUCCGCGUAUCAUGCGCUGUUCUGUCGGCAUCCACACUGGGCUGGUGGGGCUGUGCUUCCAGAACAACACGUACGCUGCCUUCAACACGAAGGGGCUGAUCUUGAACGAGUACCCGCUGACGGUGAUGAUGGGCGGCGCCGGGGAGUCGACCUUGUCACAGCAGCACCAGCAGCAGCAAGGACAACAUGCCUCGUGCCUGCCAAUUUUGCCCGGCAGCUGCGUGGCGCACCCUCUGCGUCCUCUCAUGUCGUUUGGUGGUGAGCUUAUGUUUCUGCAGUUGUAG